AUGGCAAUCCUUCGGUUUCCCGCUGUCUAUUUCUGGUUAGUUACUUCGACGAUGGCGUUCGUGUCCGUCAACGGAUUGGGCGUCAAUUGGGGAACUCAGGCAACCCAUCCCCUCCCUCCGACGACCGUAGCGCAGCUGCUGCAGGACAACGGGAUCACGAAGGUGAAGCUCUUCGACUCCGACCAUGGAACGUUGAGUGCGAUCUCCGGGACGGGCAUCGAGGUAAUGGUGGCGAUCCCCAACGGAAUGCUCGCCACCGUCGCCGGAGACUAUGACACAGCCAAGCAGUGGGUGGAGCAGCACGUCAAACGCUACCUCUUCAAUGGCGGAGUUAACAUCAAAUACGUGGCAGUGGGCAAUGAACCCUUUCUCACAGCUUACAACCACACUUUCGAUAAUGUUACUUUCCCGGCCCUUAAAAACAUCCAAAACUCUCUGAUCGAAGCCGGUCUCGGAGGCACGAUCAAGGCCACCGUGCCUUUCAAUGCUGCUGUCUAUGGAUCUCAAUUCCCAUCGGACGGAAAAUUUCGCCCAGACAUCCACAGUGUCAUGGUAGAAAUCGCUCAGUUUCUUAACAGCAGCGGUGCACCAUUCACCAUUAACAUCUACCCCUUCAUUAGUUUGUACCAAGAUCCAUACUUCCCUGCUGACUUUGCAUUUUUUGAUGGCAAUGGUAGCACACUCUUUGAUCGCGCGGCCGGGAUUAAUUACACUAAUGUGUUUGAUGCCAAUUUUGAUACUUUGGUUUCGGCUCUCAAGGACGCCGGCGUUCCGGAUCUGCCCAUAAUCGUCGGAGAAAUCGGCUGGCCUACUGAUGGACACAAGAGUGCCAACGUAGCCAAUGCCAAAAGGUUUUAUGAUGGUCUGCUUAUGAAGUUGGCCGGUGGCGUAGGCACUCCUCUACGGCCGGGACAGAUUGAGGCCUACCUGUUCAGCCUGCUCGACGAGGACGCAAAGAGCACGGAACCAGGAAACUUUGAGCGGCACUGGGGAAUUUUCGCUUAUGAUGGCCGGCCGAAAUUCGCAAUGGAUCUUUCCGGCAAGGACCCGGCCAAGCAGUUAGUGCCGGCCAAGAAUGUGGAGUACCUGCCUCAGAAAUGGUGUGUGCUUAAUCCAAAUGCUAACAACCCCUUUGCUCUGGGCAAGAAUGUCGAAUAUGCUUGUACGAAUGCUGAUUGCACUCCCCUUGGUUAUGGCUCUUCAUGUGGUAACCUGGAUGUUCAAGGGAACGCUUCAUAUGCCUUCAACAUCUAUUAUCAAACUCAGUCUCAGAAGGAAGGUGCCUGUAAUUUUGAAGGUCUCGCACUGGUGGUAACGCAGAAUGCUUCGCGGGACGGUUGUGUGUUUCCGAUCCAGAUGGAUAUCUCGAAAAUGACAGCCUCCCGGUCAUGGAUGACGACGCCAUCCAUGUCCAUGGCCGCUGCAAUGGUGCUUUUCAUGACAAUGUUUCUCCAGUUUUGUUUCUGA